AUGGUAGCCACGGGCUAUGAUACGCCCUACGGCGCAUUCUCUCGGCCUCUUCAAUUCCUCCGCAGCCACCUCUGGGUCGGCUCCUGUGCGAAUGUGGGCUGCCCAUCAGCUAUGCAGGAUGGCGCGGCAUGCCUCCUCCGUGGCCAUCUCUCCCAGCCCAAGCUCUCUGCUUCUCUGUCCGUCGCGGAAAGAAAGGUCUUUACAGACGCCUACAGGCGACUUACGUCCCGUGAUCCCAAGUAUGCCUGGACCAGCGGACAGUGGAUGACGGAACGAACAGGCGGCAGCGACGUUUCCCUCACAGAAACCGUCGCCACGUACCAGCCAGAGGGUGCCAGCGGGUUUGCUUCCAAGCACGGCCAGAUUCCCCUGGGCCCAUGGUCCAUCAAUGGGUUCAAAUGGUUCUCCAGCGCGACAGACUCGGAAAUGACGGUUCUUCUGGCCAGGACCGCCGCGGGGGGGCUGUCAACGUUUCUAGCGCCAAUGAGGAAGCACGACCCCGAGGCCACGACACUGACCGGCGAGCCCAAGGACGACGGCAGAGCACUCAACGGCGUCCGCAUCCAGCGCCUCAAGAACAAAUUCGGCACGCAGUCCCUCCCCACGGCAGAGCUCGUCCUGGAGAACAUGCGCGGCUGGAUGAUCGGCCAGGAGGGAAGAGGCAUCCACGAGAUCAGCACCAUCCUCACCCUCACCCGCGUCCAUUCGGCUGUCGCGGCAGUCGGCGGCGUGGGCCGCGGCCUCGGAAUAGCACGAGCCUACGCCCUCGUCCGAGACGUCGGCGCCGGCAACCGCAAGAGGAUGAGACUGGUCGACAGCCCGCUGCACAUGCGGACGCUUGCCAAAAUAUCAGCAGAGUAUCGCCGUCUUAUGCUCGUCACCUUUUACACGUCCUACGUGCUGGGUGUUUCCGAGCACUCGCUCGACGCGAGGCCCCCGCCGGCAUUGGAAGCCCUCACGCCGCAGAAGAAACUCGUUGAGCCACUGCUCCGAGUCAUGAGCCAGCUCGCAAAGGCGUACGUCUGCAAGCACAGCGUAGAGCUGCUGUUCUCCUGCAUGGAGGCGCUGGGCGGCGUGGGCUACCUUGUGAACGAGGAGCAGGAGUACCUCAACAUCUCGCGUAUAUAUAGAGAUGCUUGCGUGCUGCCUAUCUGGGAGGGCACGACGGAUGUUUUGUGUACGGAUUUGAUUCGCGCAAUGAAACAUGCGCGCGGUGGUGCGGAUUCUUUGGCGGCCUUGGAUGAAGUUGUUGGAAAAGCAUGGGGCUUUGAGGGGAGGGUUGGACGACCGCCUGGUUGGCAGCCGGUUGAGACGUGGGCGGCGUUGAAGAGCAAGAUUGAGGGGACGGAGCAGGCGGACUUGAUGGGCGAAGCGCGCGAGGUUGUUUGGCAGUUGGGUGAUGUGCUUGCGUCGUUGUUGCUGUAUGUCGAUGCGGGCACGGAUGGGAGUCUAGUGGCCAAGGAAGUAUUUGUAAGGUUUGUGGAGGACAAGUUUGGUGUUGAGAGGAGGGCGAGAGGAAGCACGGAGGAGGAGUUAAACAAGGACCUUGCCAUUGUGUACGGCCAUGGGGGGGAUGUAGCCGCCAAGCUGUAG